AUGACACAAGCCCCGCCACCCCGCUCCUUGCGCGACAAGUGCAUCGAGAUCAAGGACAAGGUCGACGCGUUCCUGGCCGAGGACCCGGAUACGCAGAUUCUUCGAGAUGUACAGGCGCAACUUCGCGUGUCGAUAGGGGUUGUGGAAGAGGCGUUGGAGAGAUACCGACCUGAACAGAUCUCCUUAUCUUACAAUGGAGGAAAAGAUUGUCUUGUGCUUCUUAUCGUGAUUCUCGCAUGUAUGGGAAAACGCUACUCCCAGACAACAGCCACCAACGGAACCUCCAACUCUGCGACCCCGGAGAAGCUCCAAGCCGUGUAUAUCGUUGCCGCGCAUCCCUUCCCCGAGAUUGACGAGUUUGUGGAGUCGUCUAGCGCUGAAUACAACCUCGAGGUGGCUCGUUACGUGUUGUCAAUGAAGAAGGGACUAGAGAUAUAUCUCGAGGAGCGACCGAGCAUAAAGGCAAUCUUUGUGGGGACGCGGAGGACUGAUCCUCAUGGAGAGAACUUGACACAUUUUGAUCCGACGGACUCUGGGUGGCCUGCUUUUAUGCGAGUGCAUCCGGUGAUUGAUUGGCAUUAUGUGCAAAUUUGGGCAUUUAUCCGACAUUUGGGAAUCUCAUAUUGUCCCCUCUAUGACCAAGGCUACACCAGUCUUGGCGGAAAAAAGGAUACCCAUCCCAACCCUCACUUAAAGAAAGAAGGUCAGAACGGAGAGGGAUUCCGACCGGCAUACGAGUUAACUGCAGAUGACGAGGAGCGCUUGGGUCGUGAAUCGUGA